GAGACGACGCGUGAGCUGGGACACUCAUUAAACUUCAAAAGGGUAAUGUUGCUCUAAUGAAAAAGUACUCGGAAAACCAAACGCUUGUAUUACCAAUCAUCCUUCACUCAGGGAGCUACAAAUCUACCGAGUUUGCAAACAGAAAUGCUGUCCAAUUCAUCUGACGCAUUAGAUAGGUUGUGUUAUGUUUAUACUUAUAGAAAUGAGCAUAUGAGCAUCUCAUUUAACUAUUGGACACUUAUGGUAACCAGUGUUUUUGCGUGUCUUCUUGCCCCCAUGACAGUGGCUGGGAAUGCUUUCGUUUUGGCAGCAAUUUGGAGAAACCCGACGCUAAGGACUCCAUCCCAUGUGCUUCUUGCUGGAUUGGCCUUCACGGACUUUUGCACAGGACUAAUAAGUUUGCCAGUUUUUGCUGCGUUCAUGUCAGCACAUUUAAGGGAAAGAAGUCUGAGAUGCACUUUUAAUCUGAUUUCAUAUUGUGUUGGUAAUUUUUUCGCCGCCUCGACGGUCGGUAUCAUAACGAUGGCUGCUGCAGAAAGAUGGCUGUGUAUGAGCCGGAGGUCUCUUCUUACAGUACGCCGAGUUACCAUUCUUUACAUCAUAAUGGUGUGCUUGAUAACUGCCUAUAUAACUGUCCGUGUUUUCAGUUUUCGGUAUCUAUCAAAGGACAUAGACAAUUUGCUGAAUGGAGUUUUUCUGACGGCAGCGGCGAUUUGUAUUCUGGUCAUAGCAGUUUCGUAUUACAAGGUGUUUGGAAUAAUUCGUCACCAUCAAAAAGGAGUUCAAGGAAAUCAAAAUUCCAUUGAUAUUUCAAAAUACAGAAAAUCUAUAUUCACCAUUCUGUAUAUAUUUUCACUUUUUGUGAUCAGUUACCUCCCUUAUUUGGGUAACGCGUUGACCUUUUACGUUUUGCAAGAAUUCGGGGACACGUUCGUAACAUUCACCAGAUUAACUACGACUAUUGUUUAUUCUUCCUCGCUUUUAAAUCCUUUGCUUUAUUGCUGGAGGAUGAAGGAGAUAAAGAUGGGUGUAAAAAAUUUAAUGAGAAAGCUAUUUUGUAAACAAGCAGCAGAGGAUGAGGAAUAACGCCAUAUUUUCAGUAGUAAGUUUCCCUUGACAAAAAAAACAUAAACAUACGCAUACCUGCUAGAAAAUUAAUACAUAAAGAGAGGACAAGAUCAUUACACAGAGAAGAAAGAAAUUAAAUAAGAUCAAUACUUAGAAAAGAAGGCGAAUAGUAAGAUUUGUUUUUACAUGCUUUUGUCUUAUUUAUAGGAAGUUUUUGCCUCGAUUAGUUUACGGUCGUUUUUAGCCACUUGCUUGUUUUAGCAACUUGUUCGUGUUAAUAUCUUGGUAGUUUUAGUAUUCUGGUUUUAUCGACAAUAAAUCUCUG